CUUUGCUCUGGGUUUAAAGGAUGAGAGAGCCCAGAGUCCAGCACCGAAUGAAGGCAGCUAUUGUGAUCUCCGGGGGCGGAGAAGGGAGGCUCAGUGCCAAAGGGUGUGGCCCAGCCAGAGGCUCUGGGAAAGAGCAGCCGUGCGUCCCUACAGUACCCUCGGCGACUGCGUCUGGGCGGGAGGGGAAAAGUCUGCAGAGUCCCGGGCUCCGCCCCCUCCCUCCUGCUCCGCCCUAGCUCUGGCUCCACGCGGUUUUCACCAAGCGCAGCGCAGACCGGGUGGUCGCAAGGCAGACCCGGAUUGCAGAGGGCGUGGCAGGGAGAACCGCAAGCCCCUAAGGGGGUCGGGUCUGUGACUUCUCCCCGGAAAAGAGCGAGGAACGCGCUCUGCGGGAAAAACUGGACUCCACAGGCUUCCGACGACAAGCCUGGGACGAAGAGUCCGGGAGUUCUCAAGGACAGGUGAACGGCCCCAGGAGAAGGACAGGCAGGGUCACCAUCUGGACCGCCAUGGCCGCGUCCGCCCGUCGUCUGUGCCACAUCGCUUUCCACGUGCCCGCGGGGCAGCCCCUUGCCCAAGAUCUGCAGCUUCUCUUCGGGUUCCAGCCCCUGGCGGUGCGGGAAGCAGACGGCUGGCGGCAGUUGGCCCUGCGCAGCGGCGACGCGGUCUUUUUGGUGAACGAGGGCGCUGGGCCCCAGGAGCCCCUGUACGGCCUGGACCCACGUCAUGCUGUGCCCAGCGCCACCAACCUGUGUUUCGACGUGGUGGAUACGGGCGCUGCCGCCCGGGCGUUGGUUGCGCGGGGCUGCAGCGUGCCGGUGCCCCCUGUUAGCGUGAGGGAUUCUCAGGGCACCGCCACCUAUGCCGUGGUCAGAUCACCUGUGGGCAACCUCAGCCUGACUCUGCUGGAGCGCGCCGGCUUCGGAGGGCCUUUCCUGCCGGGCUUCAGGCCUGUGCCCUGUGCAACCCGCCCAGGCUGGGUCAGCCACGUGGACCACCUGACCCUGGCCUGCACCUGUGGCAGCUCCCCAACAUUGAUGCGCUGGUUCCACGACUGCCUAGACUUUCGCCACCUGCCACUGAGCCCAGGUGAGGAUCCGGAGCUGGGCCUCGAGGUGACAGCAGGAUCUGGGCCAGGGGGACUGAAGCUCACCGCCCUGCAGACCACGCCAGGCAGCUCUGCCCCCACCCUUGUACUGGCUGAGUCCCUGCCAGGGGCUGCCAGUGGACAGGACCAGGUGGAGCAGUUCCUGGCCCGGCACAGGGGACCAGGACUGCAGCACGUGGGGCUGUACACGCCGAACAUAAUAGAAGCCACUGAACGGGUAGCAGUGGCGGGGGGCCAGCUCCUGGCUCCUCCUGAGGCAUACUACCAGCAGCCGGGCAAGGAAAGGCAAAUCCUAGCUGCUGGGCAUGAGCCUAGCCGGCUAGCCCGACAGGGGAUCCUGCUAGAUGGCGAUGAAGGCAAGUUUCUGCUUCAAGUCUUCACCAAGUCUCUCUUUCCAGAGGACACCUUCUUCCUGGAGCUGAUUCAGAGGCAGGGGGCGACAGGCUUUGGCCAGGGCAACAUCCGGGCCCUGUGGCAGUCGGUGCAGGAGGAGCAAGCCUCCAGGAACCAAGAAACCUGAGAAGGGUUGGGGCUGGGUUCACCCUCCUGUCCUGGAGCACAGGGCCUAUUGCAACGGAGAAACACCCAUGGAGGCUUGGAGUGGAGAGGGCUUUGUCCCCAGGGCCAUACCUGCCAGAACUUGAAUCUCUCACUGGGGUGCCAAAGAGGUGGGAUUUUAUUUUUUCUUUUAAACUAUGAAAUAUUCUUACAUAGUCUAUAACUAAUAUAUAUGCAAGAUAUAAAGAAUAAAGGAAUUACGUAAUUAGGAAACAGAAUA